CCCCGUCCCUAUCCCUGGUUCCCCUCUGCUCCCUCUCCGGCUCCCCCGAUCUGAAGUCGCCGCCAGCCGCCAGCCGCCUCCCGCCUGCCUCCGGGGUCCGUGCCUCGCCACCCACUCGCCGUCGCCGCCUCCCCUUGUCUCCGUGCCCCGCCUCCGCCCCCGCCGCGCUCUUCCUCACGCGCUGCUUCCGCGCCCGCGCGCUCCACCGCACCCACCCGCCCGGUCCUGUUCGGCGGUCCGGCGGUGUGCAGGCGUGACCGCGCGUUCCGUGCACCCUGCCCUGCACUACAGCAAGCAGCCAGCCUGCGGCCACCAGCUACCACCCGGCCCUCCCUCCGCCCCACGACUAAACACAGCACACAGGUGGACCACCCUUUUUAAAAUUCCUACUUAGAUCCAGCUACCGGAGAGCGGAACCGUGCCUGCCCAAGAUGGGAAUGGAGGAGUCGGCGGGGGGCGCCGCGAGGCAGGCCAAGGAGUCGCUGGAGCUGGCGUUCCAGAUGUCCCAGAUCCUCGACACCGGCCUCGACCGCCACACCCUCUCGCUGCUCAUGGCGCUCUGCGACCGCGGCGCCAACCCGGAGGCCCUCGCCGCCCUCGUCCGCGAGCUCUCCUCCACCGCUCCCCCGGCCCCCGCCACCCCCACCGCGCCCGCCUCCAACGUCGUGGCGGCCCCGACCGCUCCCUCGCUGUUCCCCUCCGGCUUUCGCCAGCUCUAGGCUACUAGGGUUCGUGCCCUCGACCGCUUCUUCUUUUUCCUCCCAGAUGACACCGCUUGUCACUUGAUCGCCUUGUACGUGUGCACCUAGGCCUUCCAUCCUGUAUGCUGAAACUGGUUCCUGAUUUGUAUUCUCAAGAUUGAUAAUGCCAGGGGGUCUGUGUCAAACUCUCUCACACUCUAGCAAAUGAUUUUCUCUUCUGUUUUCUGAAAUCGCUUCCUGGUGUGUAUCCCCAAUAUUGAUAAUGCAAUGGAAUCUGUCAAAUUCUGUUAUCCACAUUCUUGCACAUGGAUUCAUUCAUUGGAAUUAUCUAUAUCGUUAUGACACCAAUUCAAGAUUGCAGAGACGAAUUUGAAAUACAGUCUACUUAUUUGGAUCACCUGUAUAAUUGUGAAUUCCAUGUUUAAGUGACUCGAAACAUGCCCAUGAGUAGAAUUGUUGUUAUGUCAA